UCCAAUUUCUCACCCAAAAAUUUUCCCGAGAAAAUGACUGGACGAGGAAAGGGCGGCAAGGGAUUGGGCAAGGGAGGAGCGAAACGACAUCGUAAGGUUCUGAGGGACAACAUCCAGGGCAUCACCAAGCCUGCUAUUCGCCGUCUUGCCCGCAGAGGUGGUGUGAAGCGAAUCAGCGGUCUGAUAUACGAGGAAACCAGAGGAGUUCUGAAGAUCUUUCUGGAGAAUGUUAUUCGUGAUGCUGUGACGUACACCGAGCACGCCAGGAGGAAGACUGUGACCGCCAUGGAUGUGGUGUAUGCUUUGAAGAGGCAGGGAAGGACCCUAUACGGUUUCGGGGGUUAAAUUGGGAAUUUUAUGUUAUUAUUUUGGGAAUUAGGGUUAGGUUUGCUUAGGGUCUGGGCUUUACAUCUUUGUGUUUAAUUUGUAUUUUGUUGGUAACAGUUAGUGUUUAUGUAAUUUGGAACUUAUUUUGAGGUAAUGUAAGUUCGACCUGUUAGUAA